AGAACACGGGCGCGAUUUCGGCCGUUCAAAGUCGUCACGACGCGCUCUGCAAAUUCAUCUCGUUGUUGGAACUGCUUCUGGAACUGCUUGCCCAUCCCCCGUCAUCCCGGACGCAUUGCCCACCCACUGCCGACUCGGACAGCCAAAAACCAACCGCCUUUGGGAAGCAGCUUCACCCUUUCUCGGAAAGCGCUGGCAAACCGACAACUCCAACCAGUCCGUUUCUCGCUCGUCCAUCAUGAACAUCUUUCGCCUCGUCGCGGAUCUGAUGCACCUGGCAUCAAUCGUCAUUCUGCUUCUGAAAAUAACGCAAACGCGGUCGGCAGCAGGCAUAUCAUUUAAAACCCAAGCGCUCUACGCCCUCAUCUUCUGCACGCGGUAUCUCGAUCUCUUCGUCAAAUUCGUGUCCCUCUACAACACGGUGAUGAAGCUCUUCUUCAUCGGGACAUCCUUCUACAUCUUGUACCUCAUGAAGGUGAAAUAUCGCGCAACGUGGGACUCGACGCACGACACGCUUCGUGUGGAGUAUCUGAUGGGGCCGUGCGCGGUUCUGGGGCUGAUUUUCCAUGAGGGAGGACCUUUCAACAUCAUCGAGAUCUUAUGGUCUUUCUCGAUCUUCCUGGAAUCCGUGGCGAUCCUUCCACAGCUGUUCCAAUUGACGCGGACAGGGGAAGCAGAGACCAUUACGACGCACUACCUCUUUGCGUUAGGCGCCUACCGAGGGCUGUACAUCCUCAAUUGGAUAUAUCGGUAUUUCACGGACGGCCAUGUGGACUAUGUGGCCGUCAUCUCAGGGAUCCUGCAGACGGCCCUGUACUGCGACUUCUUUUACGUCUAUUUUGGGAGGGUGCUGAAGGGCAAAAAGUUCAAGCUACCUGCUUGAGAUUUCUAUACGAAUCAUGAGAUUACCCUGUUGCGGCGGAGGGGGCGACUCGGGAAGCGUCAGUCGGUCCGAUGAGAUGGGACAGAUGGGACUUGCGCACAAC